AUGUUAGCAGAAACCGACAGAGGUUCAGAGAAUACAUCAGUUGCUAAUAUUUCCUGCAUAGGACUGGAGUGCCGGCUAUUUUAUUGUUUUCAGCUAAAAUUUGUAUUCUAUCUAUCAAUGUACGUAGUUCUCCUUAAAUCGGCUGGUGAUAAUGCUACUAGCAUCGGUGAUGACCCUUAUGUACAGAUAUUAAAAAACUCAGGUUUCAGCGUAGACUUACUGGAAACUCUUGAUUUCGAGUAUAACAUAUCAAAUCUAGCGGAAUACAAAAAUUGGAGGAACAAUCACAGUUGCAUUAUUUUUAGUAGCCCACGUUCCGUUAUCGCAUGUGUUAAAGCUGGACUAACAGGUAAUGAAAAUGACCUUUGUUUCGUUGUUGGUCCUAGCACUGAGUUACAAGCUAAAAAAGCUGGAUUUUCGCCUAAGGGAGCUGAUUCUGGUGAUGCGGAGAAGCUCGCUAGUUUUAUUUUGAAGCACUUUGCCUCAAAAUUGGAUAAACCUAUAUUUUUCCCAUCUGGGCAAGUACACCGCGACACACUACCGAAAGUUUUGGAAAAUGAAGGAAAAAAAGUAAAUACCGUUGUGGCCUAUUCUUCUGUAGAAAAUACUCAACUUCAUGAAAAACUGCGAUUGAAUUUAUGUGAAGGAAAUCCUAUUCCUGAAUGUUUAGUAUUUUUCAGUCCCUCUGGCGUUUCAUUGACUGAAAAAAUAUUAUUAACCGAAAUUAAACCACACCGACCGAAUAUUAAAUUGGUUGCUAUGGGACGCGCAACAGCAACACAAUUAAAAGAAUUAGGUUUGACUGUUUCAGCGGUUGCCUCAUCACCUAAACCGGAAAGUCUACUAACAGCACUAAAGCAGUUAAAAUGAUGUUUAUGGUCAUCAGUAAAGAAACUUUUUAUCUUUUCAAAUCCUAACUCUUUGUUGCUUUUAAUAUGCUUUGACUUGUUUGUAUUUAUUUAUUCCCAAUCAUUUCCAAUACCAAGGAAAUUUUAUUGCCUUUUGGGGAUAGUACAGGUAGCAGACACUAUUUAUUCAAGCUGCAUUGGUUGUUUUUUUUUCUGCAAAGAAUAUAUUUAUAUGCUUUUUUUAUUUUACAAAAAUUGUGCCUAGUUUACUCAUUUAUAUCUUUAUUUGUAAUUUGUGAAUUACACAAUCUAUUUAUUUGUGUAAACUAAUAAUGAGCUCAAUUCUAUGGAUUGUUGACAUUAUUUUUUAUGCAACGCAUUUGAAAUUAGUAUUUUAAAUAAAUUUAAUGUUCUAC